AUGAAGAAGAUUAUUUUGACAGCGUUAGCUGCUACCAUAACUGGUAUCAUAUUAGGUGUCGCUGUUGGAGUGCCAAUGGUAGUGAAAAUGAAUCAGAAUGAAAUAGCAACCAAUUCUGCGCCGCUAUUUGUAACAGCUACUCUGAUCAAUACAACGUCCAGUACAACUGUAUUCAUGGUGACGAAUGUUUCAUCGUCAUCUACAACAGGUAAAAUCUAUCUUAUUUUAAUUUAA